AUUAAAAAUAAGUAAUAAAAGAGACCCUUAUUAGCAAAAAGGGAAAUUCUCUUUUUCUUCGCUUAAUAGGUUUUCUUGUCCAUCACUCCAGUCUUCACUUCAUUUAACUUCCAAAUUCUGAUCUCUGGUUUGAUUCUCUCUCAGUUUUUCCGGUAAAAGAAACAUGUCGAACUCUGUGAUUGAAGUUCCUCCGAAGGGUGGAUUCAGCUUCGAUCUUUGUAAAAGAAACGAGAUGCUUGCUAAGAAAGGUGUUAAUCCGCCUUCAUUUCGUAAAACGGGUACAACUAUUGUUGGCUUGAUCUUUCAGGAUGGUGUUAUUCUUGGAGCAGACACAAGAGCAACUGAAGGACCUAUCGUUUGUGACAAGAAUUGUGAGAAAAUUCAUUACAUGGCCCCAAACAUUUACUGUUGUGGUGCUGGAACUGCUGCUGAUACAGAGGCAGUAACUGACAUGGUCAGCUCGCAGCUCCAGUUACACCGCUAUCAUACUGGUAGAGAGUCGAGGGUUGUUACAGCAUUGACCCUUCUCAAGAGACACCUUUUCAAUUACCAAGGCUAUGUCUCUGCUGCUUUGGUUCUUGGUGGUGUUGAUGUCACUGGACCUCAUUUGCAUACCAUAUACCCCCAUGGGUCAACUGACACAUUGCCAUUUGCUACAAUGGGCUCCGGUUCCCUGGCAGCAAUGGCAGUAUUUGAAUCAAAAUACAAAGAAGGCCUUACUAGAAAUGAAGGAAUUGAACUUGUCACUGAGGCUAUAUGCUCUGGUAUCUUCAAUGACCUCGGAAGUGGAAGCAAUGUUGAUGUUUGUGUAAUAACUAAGGGUGGCAAAGAAUACUUGAGGAACCAUCUACAGCCUAAUCCUCGAACUUACACCAGCUCCAGGGGCUAUUCUUUUCCCAAGAAGACAGAGGUUCUCUUGACAAAAAUCAUUCCACUUAAGGAGAAAGUGGAGAUUAUUGAAGGAGGCGACGCCAUGGAAGAGUGAAGCAGACGUGUUGGCUUUCAUUUAUGCUCUUUAGAAAACAACUUUCUGAUCAGUGUUAUGCAAUUUGCUCAUCUUUUAAACCUAGAUUUUGUUGGUUAAACCGAAGCUUUUGAGAGUUUUAUUUUAACAUUCUAGUAAUGAUAGAUGAUUUAACAUGGGCUUCUUACCCUCAA